AUAGUUUUGAAAAUAUAGUCCUUUAAAAUGUUAACUAACUACAGAACUGCAUUUUUAAGAAAAUCUAAUAAAACUAUUCAAUUAUGUCAAUUAUCAACUCAUUCAUUGGAAAAAUCUUCAAGCAAUGAAAUUAAGAUUGACAUACCCAAAUAUAAAAAUCGAAGUUCAACUGACAUACUGAAAGCCAUCUCAAGUACUAUUCAACGAGAUCCAACUGCUGCUCACUUUAAAUACCAUGAUGACCCAUAUCUAAUACCAGUUUCAAAUUUUCAAAAAAGAGCUUAUGCCUUAAGUCAGGAAUCUGGUAGAAAAGCAGCACAUUGGAUUCUCAAUCAACAUCCUGAAUUGUUUAAUCAUAAAGUGGCAUUUCCACCUAUUGAGAAAUUUUGCCCUAAAGUUGUGUACGAUGAAAGUUGUGAGUUAGAUGAGAAUGAAUUAAAAAUAAUUAUUGAAAAAGCUACUGUGUCAGAUGCUAUAACUGUUUAUAACCUGUUAAAAAAAAAAGACAUAGAAAUAAGUUCAGAUACACAACAAUCACUUUUAGAGUUAGUAUGUUUUUACAAUAAUCAAGAUGAUCUAGAAGAAGACUGGAUUGAAGAACGUUGGUAUACACAAGCUAAUAAAAACCGAGAAGAAUAUAGAAAUACUUGGAAAUCCAAUGGAUUUGCAAUGACUCUUUUUUCAACUAUUAAAUCUCCUAAUUCUCAUCAUUAUUCAAUUAUCAUACAAGGRAUGGCAAAAUAUAAUCAGUUUGAAGAAGCAUACAAAUUAUACAAAGAAGCUAAUGAAAAAGGAUUUAUUUUAUCUACCAAUGCAUAUAAUUCAGCAAUAAAAACUGCUAUUUACGUCAAAGAAGGAACAGACCAAAAGUGGCUACAUAUACAAGAAAUAUUGACUCAAAUGUGUAAUUCAGGUGUACCUAUGAAUUUAUCAACUUUAAAUUCAAUUCUUAAUGUUUUAACUACUAUGGUGAUAAAUUCUGAAUCAAAAAAAUAUGCAUUAAAAACAAUUGCUGAAGCCAAACAAUUUAAUAUUGAACCAUGUUUAGCAUCAUACUAUUAUUUACUACAAAUAUUUUGCGCAGACCGAAAAAACAAGAGCACUAUUCUUGUUGAUAUUUUAAAUGUUAUUGAAGAAAAAUCGUUAAUUAUUAAAGACUUGGCAGACACUAAUUUUUUUACAGCUGCUAUGGAAAAUAGUCGGUAUCAUUUACAAAAUGUUGAUGUUGCACUUAGAAUUCACUCCAUUUUACUGAAAGGAAAAAAUUAUAAUUUAAUUGGAGAUUCUUAUAAAGAAUCAAUUUAUUAUCGGCAUUUUUUUGCAAUAUUAUGUCAAAACGAAUCUGUUGAAUUUUUAAUGAAAUAUUACUAUGAUUUGGUCCCACACAUAUAUAUACCUGAACCGUCAAUCACUGAGUUGAUUGUGAAAACUUUAAAUGUUGCUGCUGCAGUUGAAUUAUAUCCAAAAAUWUGGUCAGACAUUUUAAUGUUUGAUCAAGCAGAUAGAGAACCAAUUAUAACAGAAUUGAUCAAUGGUAUGGCUCAAAAUUUGUUCCCGAGUUUUGAACAGUCUAUUAGAGAAAAAUUAAGUGUAUUAUCUGGUACAAUUUAUGAUGCUAUUGAAGAACGAAAAGAAACUGGUAAAAUAAAAAUGUCAUGGACGGGUACUAUGUUGGGAAAUUUAAUAAAAGUCUGCUUGUUUGGAGAUAAUAUUAAUAAGGCUACAGAAAUGAUUGUGAAACUGCAUAAAAAUCAAAAUGAAAUCAUUGGAAUUCCAGAUAGUGAUUCAAUCGCUACAUUUUUAGACUAUUGCAUUGAAAAUAACUAUUUUAAUGAAUUAUUAAAAUGCAUUGAAUAUUCUUUAGAAGUCAACUAUCWUGAACUAGAUGAUUUUAUUUCAAAAAUUUUGACAAAAAUGACUUUAUCACCAAUGCAGCGUGCACAUUUGUCAAAAUUGGUCGGAACUGAACAUUAUGUUGAAAUCGAAAACAAAAUUGAAUUUGUUAGUUAGAUUUUUUUUUUAAGAUUAAACUUUAGUAAUAUAUUACACACUA